AUGAAGGACAUGGAGCAGGACAUCUCCUCCAUUGAGAAGCGAUUUGCUUAUGGAUUCCUCCAGAAGCUUCUCAAGUGGAUGGACAUCGCGCAGGAAUUCAUCGCUCAUCUCGAGGCUGUAGUCAGCAGCGGCCGGGUGGAAAAAUCCCCACAUGAGCAGGAGAUCAAAUUCUUUGCAAAGAUUCUUCUGCCGCUGGUCAAUCAGUACUUCAAGAACCACUGCCUGUACUUCCUCUCCACUCCCGCCAAAGUUCUGGGCAGUGGAGGCCACUCCUCCAAUAAGGAGAAGGAGAUGAUUGCCAGUAUCUUCUGUAAGUUGGCUGCUUUGGUGAGGCACAGAGUCUCUCUUUUUGGAACGGAUUCAGGAGCCGUGGUCAACUGCCUGCACAUCCUCUCCCGCUCGCUGGACGCCAGGACCGUCAUGAAGUCGGGCCCUGAGAUCGUGAAGGCGGGACUGCGCCAGUUCUUUGAGAGCGCCGCGGACGACAUCGAGAAGAUGGUGGAGAACCUGAAGCUGGGGAAAGUCUCCAGUCGAAACCAGGGCUGUAAGGGCGUGUCCCAGAACAUCAACUACACCACCACCGCCCUGCUGCCCGUCCUCACCUCCCUGUUCGACCACAUCGCUCAGCACCAGUUCGGAGAUGAUGUCAUAUAUCUAAAACUCAAGCCAUUCCCCUUCUUCUCUAACCCCUCCUCAGUGGAUGACCUGCAAAUAUCCUGCUACCGCCUGAUGUGCAGCAUCUACUCUUUGGGAACGGUGAAAACUCCACAUGUGGAGAAGUGA